UUAGACACUUGAAUGCAUCACACGUCAUAUGGAGAGAAGGGAUCGCUGUAUAUUUCCCAGGAGUGACCCACAGCGGCAGCGAGGGGGAGCCCAUAAGCAACCUUUGAACCGCACAUCUGUGAUCCAGGAUAGCGGACAGUCCAGCAGCUCCGUGACGAGAAGAAACCACACGCACAUUUCAUAACAGAUCUGUAUGGAGGCUAUUUUGAAUUGCAAACCAGAGGACUUGGAGGAUUACUACGGGUUAUUAGGAUGUGAUGAAUUGUCAUCGACUGAGCAGAUUCUCAACGAAUACAAGAUCCGAGCCUUGGCAUGUCACCCAGACAAACACCUAGAUAAUCCAAGAGCAGUGGCAGAUUUCCAAAAGCUGCAGGAAGCCAAAGAGGUUUUAUGCAAUGAAACCAAAAGAAAAAACUACGACCACUGGAAAAGAAGUGGAGUUAAUAUUCCAUUUCAUGACUGGCAAGCCUUGAAUGACUCUGUAAAAACUUCAAUGCACUGGGCUGUGAGAAAUAAGAAGGAGCCAAUGCUGGAGGCCUCAAAUGCAGAAACUCCUGUCACUUCCCAAGCAGAGGACCAUCACGCUGAGCAGGAAACACAGAGGAUGUCGUCAUGUGACGCCAUGCCAUCCUCAAGUGAUUACUGCCAUCGACGUUUCCGUUGGGCGGCUGACUCCCCAUCCAGUCUGCUUCAAAAGUUUAGAAAUUAUGAAAUAUAAAUGUAUCAGCAGCUCAAUUAUGUUGAAAUGUUUGUGUUUUGUCUUGUUGUCCUUGUUCAGCUGUGACCCUGUUACUUGUGGAGUCAGUUUAUGUUACUAUAGCCUCGCCUCGCCGUCACUUAACUCGUUCCAUAAAAUGGAAAUUGUUAGCUUUAAAUAUGUCCAUUGUAAGUGACAAAUACUUUGUCAAACAAAAAUCAAAAUGUUGCAUAUGAGAUUAUAUGAAUAAUUUUAUUUUGUUAUAAGUUUGCUGAGAUGUGAUCAUGCCUGAUACUGGAGUACCUUUGAUGCUGUAGCCGUAUUUUUGUGUCACUGUCAAGUUCAUCAUGGUGGGACCAUAAAAUUGAAGCAUCCCA